CAGUUACAGUAUAUAAGCCAGGGGAUUCCCAAACAGGACAACAGGGGCAGAUUUCUGGCUGAGACAAAUCAUCAUGGAGACACUCAGGUCUAGAAAAGCUGCCUUGAUUUUGUUGUUUUGUGCUUUUGUUCAAUCCAACGCAAUAAUGCCAAAACCUGGUAACUGUCCGAGCACCUUUGAUUUAUUUAUGGAAUCACCACAAUGUAAUUAUGACAGAGACUGCCCAGGAAAUCAGAAAUGUUGCAGGUUUUUCUUCAGAUCUGUUUGCACCCCUCCAGUUCCAACAUUACCAGGCUGUCCAAUGCCUCCAGGGUUUGCAGCGAAUCCAGUGGGGAAUUGUCUUGAGCAGUGUUCAAAAGACUCGGAUUGUCCUGGCGACGAUCAGAUAUGCUGCUUUAAUGGAUGUGGACACGUGUGCAUGACUCAGACAAUAGUGAAGCCAGGAAAAUGUCCUGACGACUUCUUCUUCCAUCGAUGUCACUCACACUGUAGAACUGAUGGUGAUUGCCGUGGUGAGAUGAAGUGUUGCUAUUCAAUGUGUGGCAGUGAAUGCAAAUACCCCGUGUUUUGGCCCCCGAUAGGCCGCCGCUAGGUGUGCAAUUCUUAUACUCUUUAAAUACUAAUUUGUUGAUUUUUUUUUGUUUGCUGUUAUUGAGGAAGCACAAUAUUAUCAUUAUAUUAUCAUAAUAUUGAGGAAGCACAAAUAAAAUACAAUCUGCAACACA